AAUACACCCAGUAGUUCCGGUUCAUCUUUGCUGGACAACAAAAAUGGCGUCCUUGACGAACGAAGAAAGCGUGAGUGAAGCGCAUUCGGGGAAAAAGUCUAAAAAUAUUAAAAGCCAAGUAGAUGAAUCUCAGCUCUUGACUGUGCCUGACGGAUGGAAGGAGCCAGCUUUCACAAAAGAUGACAACCCCAAAGGCCUACUGGAGGAGAGCAGUUUCGCUACUCUUUUUCCCAAGUACAGAGAAGCAUACCUGAAAGAGUGCUGGCCACUUGUGCAAAAUGCGCUAGGCGACUCACACAUCAAGGCUACCCUGGACUUGAUCGAGGGCAGCAUCACUGUUUGCACCACCAAAAAGACCUUUGACCCCUUUGCCAUCAUAAGAGCAAGGGACCUCAUCAAGCUCUUGGCCAGAAGUGUUCCAUUUGAGCAGGCUGUGCGGAUACUGGAGGACGAAGUGGCGUGUGACAUCAUUAAAAUUGGUACCCUUGUCAGGAACCGUGAACGGUUUGUGAAGAGAAGACAGAGACUCAUCGGCCCCAAAGGAUCCACGCUGAAGGCGUUGGAGCUGCUGACGAACUGCUACGUCAUGGUGCAGGGGAACACUGUGUCCGCCAUAGGUCCCUUCAACGGCCUCAAGGAGGUACGGAAGGUUGUUUUGGAUACCAUGAAGAACAUCCACCCCAUCUACAAUAUCAAGACACUCAUGAUCAAGCGUGAGCUAUCAAAGGACCCGGAGCUUCGGAUGCAGAGCUGGGAACGCUUUCUGCCCAACUUCCGACACAAGAAUCUCACCAAGCGCAAAGAGCCCAAGAAAAAGACUACAAAGAAGGAAUACACUCCCUUCCCUCCACAGCAACCUGAGAGCCAGAUUGACAAGGAGCUGGCAACAGGAGAGUUCUUCCUUCGAGAGAGCGUUAAGAAGAGGAAGAAGCUAGAAGAGAUCAAGGUCAAACAAGCUGAGGUGUUAACCAAGAGGCAAGAGGAGCGAAACAAGGCCUUUAUUCCUCCUAAGGAGAAACCUGUCAUGAAAAGGAUCAACAAAGCUCCCUCAGAAUCCAAAAUCGACAUUGCGGCCAUCAAGGCCAAGGUACAGAAAGCCAAGACCAAGAAGCUAGGAGCCCCUGUGGUAAACCCAGUCCCAGAAACCAACACUGGCAGUGACAAGAAGAAGAAGAAGAACAAGGGUUGACCUCGAACUGGACCACAGACAAUAUUCACUAAUACCACGGACAUAAAGGAUGCCGGGUUUGACAGAACCUGUAAUUCAGAACAUUUAUUUGUCGCGAUGUGUGCUUUGAUGUGGUGUUAAUAGAAUUUCCCCAAUUCCUCACUGAGAAUAUCCUUCCUCACGGUUUCAAUGAUGAAGUGGAUAUAUAAUGCUUGUCAGCAUUGGAUCUGUAAUGGUGUUAAUCCUAUAGGCCUGUGCCAAUCCUUCCAUCUUUUCCCGGGACAGUGGCUUAAAGACCGUAUCCAGAGAUGUACAGAAUCUGGGUCAUGUGGCGUAUAUUUCUUUUGUUUUCCUGUUAAUCAGAUCAAUUUGUACAUUUGAAAUAUGGAUACUUAUAAAGAGAGAACCAGCAUCCUCUGAGGUUUAUUUUAUUAAAAAGUCUUUUACAAUCCUACAUAGCUACAGGCUUGGAGCAGCGUUGGUGACAUUUUUUUAUUUUGGCAGUUUGAACUGUUGAUGUGUGAUAAAAAUGUGCAGAUGAAGUUUUCCAUUGACGUUAACGUGGAGGUGUUCAGGCUUCUGUGUCUUGGGAAGGCGUUUUAGUCAGUAUUUGUCAGAAGUCAUUUUCCUCUGUUGCCUAAUUGAUAUGACUGGGGUAACAUUUUGUUAGAUGUUCCCUUUUAAAAAGGCUAGAAGCGGUUAAACAAUACUUGUAUUUGAAUGUUACUUUGUUUGGCAAUUGAGAAACCAAUGGCAAACAUGACCGCUGCAGCGUGUUUUAGAAUCUGGGCUUCUGUUUUAGCACAGCACCUCUACUUUCCUGUCCCACAAUGCAUGCAACAAUCUCAGCUAUUCAUAGAAAAACAUGCUUGGGUAAAAUCUGUGCACACCAAAUGCUGUGACAAAGGUAAGGAGAAGAGCGGCGAACCGAUUGGCCAAUAUGGCAAUGCAGGAGGAACCACAGGUGGUCAGGGCUGGAUCCCAGUCAGGGGUCCAGUUGUAACCUGUGGACAGGUGAGAGGUGAAGGCUCAUGCAGGUAAUAAAGAAGUAGCAAAUAAGUAA